GGGUGGCCCGCGCCGGGGGCCCAGGAGAGCGCGAUGCUCCGCCCCGAGGGAUCCCAGGACGCGCGUGACUCAGAACCCCGCCCGAGGCACAGGAAUCACCCCUGCUCAGGGGACCACCCGGGAUGCUGAGAAUCGAACCCAGGUCAGCCCCAUGCAAGCUCUCAUUCCCUCUCUCUGACCGAAGUUCAAGUUGGCUGCGCGGGACGCAGCACCGCCAGAAGUGCUACCUGAGCAUCACCAGGUGUGCCUCCCCCACCAAAACAAAAAUAAAAUAAAAGACCUUUGGAUUACAGCCUGGAGCUGUGGCCCAGCAGGAAGGGCUCUUGCCUCGCAGGUGGCCGACCUGCAUGUGACCAACAGCAUCCACAUGUCUCCCCACCAGUCCUGUCCCUCUGAUUGUGAAGCCCCACCCCCACCUGUGACCUCACCCCCGGGGUGGCCAGUGGGAAGCCCUGAGGGGUCUGUGAGGUCACCCCAUUCUACAUCACAGACACCCUGGUUGGGCGGCGGCCUGGGCUGCUUCCUGUCCACAGGGAAUUUGGACACCCUUGAGCUGGACUUAGGACAACUGCGAGAAGGACGUGUGCUGGAUCGGGGCGGGGGGGGGGACCCCCCAGAACACGUGAGCACUGGCCCUGCUGGACACCUCCUGCCGCUGAGCCCGGAGGCCCGGGGAAGCCCGAGGUCUGGCUGGGCACCUGUCACUGCCUGUCACCGCCACCAGGCCACGAUGGUCCCCGGCUGGUUACUGCUACUCAUAGCCAUGUGCCCGGGCGCCCGGGCCUCCAAGGAAUGCGUGUACUGUGAGCUGACUGACUCGACUGUCUGUCCGGGCGUCCACUUGCACUGUGGCGACGACGAGGACUGUUUCACGGGCACCGGGGUGGCCCCGGGCAUGGGCCCCAUCAUCAACAAAGGCUGCAUGCUGUCCACCAAGUGCGGCCACGUGGAACCCGUCAGCUACAUGGGCGUCACCUACAGCCUCACCAGCAGCUGCUGCUAUGGCUAUCUUUGUAACCGGGCCCCCCACCCCCCUCGCGGCCCCCUCGACUGGCCACCGUGGCUGGACUUGGUGCUACUCUCACUGCUUUUUUGGUUCUAAGCACAGGAAGGCCGGGCCCGGGACGGGUCUCCCGGCUGCACACGGCCCCCGCCGUGCCCCCCUGCCUCCACCCCUUUCCCUCAUUAAAUGGCCAGAGGCCCUGGACAACCUUGUGUGGCCCCGGCCUCAUCGAUCGAGGGGCGGCCGGCCCACCCGGAACCAGGCCCGCGCUGGCCAUGGUUUGGCUGCGCGUUUCUCUCUCAUUGGUCGCUAAGAUGCUGGUGGCUGCUGCCAGCCACUGGUGGUCCCUUA